UCGAUGAGGAGUGCAUUGCAGAGGUCCAGCUGAAAAGCCAGGUUUUCUUGUUGCAGCUCCAGUGAACCUCUUGUUGCUUUAUUUGCACCAAAUAAAGCUUCCUAACAUAUCGAUAUUCUGCGUAGGCUACUUCAGUCUGAAGAGUCACUGAUAACAGGCUCGCUGCUUUUAUCUGGACUUUCUAACUGAAAGGACAACCAGCUUUAACACGGACGUCUCCGGGACAUUUUCCAGGAUGGCACUUUCCAGCCUGCUUCUGAGCCUGGCUGCUCGGGCACUUACGUUUCUCUUCUUUCUGCUCGUCAUUGCGUUUCUUGGCUACUGCUUGUACAUUAAAUACAUUCAUAUGAAGUAUGACCACAUCCCCGGGCCGCCGAGGGACAGUUUUUUCUUCGGACACUCACCAACGAUGUUGAAGGCGAUGAAAAAUGACGGAAUUAUACACGACAAAUUUCUGGAGUGGGCGGAGAAGUAUGGACCUGUUUACAGGAUAAAUAUGUUUCACUACGUUUCACUGUGUACGUACUGUCCAGAGGCCACCAAGGUAAACACUUGUCACCUGACUGUUUUCACAUCAGUACACAGGUGUCAUUUGCACCCAUCAAUCCUGUUGGCAGAGGUCCCUGCUAAUAAACAGUGCCAGCUACUGGCCUUUUGGGGACUUAACCUGUUUGGUCAAAGGUUUUUAGGUGAUGGUCUGAUAACAGCACGGGAUCAUGAGCGGUGGUACAAACAGCGACGCAUCAUGGACCCUGCGUUCAGCAGCCUGUAUCUGAGAGGUCUAAUGGGAACCUUCAAUGAGACAGCAGAGAAACUGAUGGAUAAACUUGCAGAGCUUGCUGACAGUAAAACAGAAGCUAAUAUGCUCCAUCUCAUCAACUGUGUCACCCUGGAUGUUAUUACUAAGGUUGCCUUUGGGGUGGACUUGGACCUCUUGAAGCAUAGUUCACCUUUCCCUAAAGCCAUUGAGACAUGUCUGAAAGGAAUGGUUACCUAUGUUAGAGACAGAUUUUUUGAGUACAAUCCAAAGAACAGACGAUACGUCAAUGAGGUGAGGGAAGCGUGCCGCCUGCUCCGUACAACUGGAGCCAAGUGGAUCAGUGAGAGAAAGACCGCCAUGCAAAACGGUGACGAGGUCCCCAAAGACAUCCUGACACAAAUCAUCAAAACUGCAAGCCAAGAGGAAAACAUGACUGAAGAAGAUGAAGAAUUUAUGCUGGACAAUUUUGUGACAUUUUUCAUUGCAGGCCAAGAAACAACAGCCAAUCAACUGGGAUUUUGCAUCAUGGCGCUUGGAAGACAUCCUGAAAUACUGGAGAAAGCAAAGAAAGAGGUCGAUGAUGUCAUUGGGAUGAAACGUGACAUAAGCUAUGACGACUUAGGAGAGCUGGUCUACCUGUCACAGGUGUUAAAAGAGACUCUAAGAAUUUACCCCACAGCUCCGGGCACAUCUCGUGAUGUUGCUGAAGACAUGGUGAUUGACGGUAUCCACAUACCCGGGGGAUUUAGCGUUGUUUUCAGCUCCUAUGUGAGCGGGAGACUGGACAAAUUCUUCGAGGAUCCACUAAAAUUUGAUCCAGACAGAUUUCACCCAGAUGCUCCCAAAUGGAGGCUAAAGUGGUGAUGGCCAAACUGCUCCAGAGGUUUGACUUCACUCUCGUCCCGGGACAGACCUUUGACAUCCUGGAUGCUGGCACACUCAGACCAAAGAGUGGAGUGUUGUGCACUUUGAGUCACAGGGAUUACAAAAAUAAAGGAUCUUAAAGGACUUUACAUAAAAAGAAAUCAUAGUGGUCUGUAGGGUAAAACUGUGUUGAUCUACUCCUGCCUAAAAGCUGUGAUUAAAAAAAUAAAUCUUUAUAAUAAAAACAGUAUCAGAUAUGAAUUACA